AUGGCAUUGGAGAAUCAGACCUUUAACUCUGACUUCAUCCUGUUAGGAAUCUUUGAUCACAGUCCCACCCACAUCUUCCUCUUCUCUCUGGUCUUGGGCAUCUUCACAAUGGCCUUCGUGGGAAACACUAUCAUGAUUCUCCUCAUCUACCUGGACACCCAGCUACACACCCCUAUGUACUUCCUCCUCAGCCAACUGUCCCUCAUGGACCUCAUGCUCAUCUGUACCACUGUACCCAAGAUGGCCUACAAUUACUUGUCUGGAAGCACGUCCAUUUCUUUUGCAGGUUGUGCCACACAAAUUUUCUUCUAUACAUCACUACUUGGCUGUGAGUGCUUCCUCUUGGCAGUCAUGGCUUAUGAUCGUUAUAGUGCCAUUUGCCACCCUCUACGAUACACCAAUCUCAUGAGCCCCAAAAUCUGUGGACUUAUGGUUGCCUCUUCCUGGGUCCUGGGUUCUACUGAUGGUGUCAUUGAUGUUGCAGCUACAUUUUCCUUCUCCUAUUGUGGGUCCCGGGAAAUUGCCCACUUCUUCUGUGACUUCCCUUUUCUGCUAAUUAUCUCAUGUAAUGACACAUCAAUAUUUGAAGAAGUUCUUUUCUACUGCUGUAUAAUAAUGAUUGUUUUCCCGGUAGCAGUAGUCCUUGUUUCUUAUGCUCGUGUUAUUCUGGCAGUUAUCCGCAUGGGAUCUAGAAAGGGUUGCCACAAAGCUUUUGCCACCUGUUCCUCCCACCUCAUGGUGGUGGGAAUGUACUAUGGAGCAGGUUUGUUUAUAUACAUGCGACCCACUUCUAACCGUUCCCCAACCCAAGACAAGAUGGUGUCUGUCUUUUAUACAAUCCUCACACCCAUGCUGAAUCCCCUCAUCUACAGCCUCCAAAACAAGGAAGUGGCUAGAGCAUUCAUGAAAGUUUUAGGGAAAGGCAAGAAUUAA